UUCUUAUGCCUUGCUGAUUAAUGUUCCCCAACUCACUCCCUUGGCUCUCGGCGCAUGUUAGCACCCUGUCUCUCGCCGGUUUUCUCCGUCUCGCCUUUACCCAAUUCCCCCAUAGAUUUGUCUGUCCGUGUCUCUCUAUUUCUUCAAUGGCACCACAACCUAAAGAUCCAAUCACAGACUACUCCCAAACCCAGCGUAUACUCCUCCUUAUUGACCUAAACCCACUUCUUCACAUCUCUAACCCAACUCCAUUUCUCGACUACCUCCUCAGCUCCGCCAAAACCCUCCUCUCUUUUCCCCCUCUCUCUUCCUCCCUUUUCUCCUUCAAAACCUUCUUCUCCUCUCUCUCCCCCCUCCUCUCCUCUUCCAAACUACACCCUUUCCUUCCCAGCUCCUCCCUCUCUCUAUCCUUCAAUCACUCAUCCUUUACUCUCACUUCUCUUUCCCAGACCCUCCAGUCAUUCCACAACCAACAGGCGUUCGAUUCUUCGCCCAUGUCGCCGUCGCGGGCCUCGUGCCUCGCCUCGUCCAUGCGCCAACUCGUGCACGACUACGCGUGGGACCCGGUGGUAGAUGACUCGAUUACGGGUACACUUUUUAAUUGCAGUCAGAAUGAUUCUGUUGUUGUUGGGUCGAAUUUGGUUAUUUUGCUUUCGCCGGCUUGUAGAUCUAAGGAGGGUUUCUCUGAGUUCUUGAACGUGGAAAUUGAUGAUGAGUGUUUGCAAAAUGUGGAUGGGUUUUGUGAAACAUUUCGUGGGAUUUUUGACAAUGUGAACAGUGCGUUUAUUAAGAGGGGUAUUCAGUUUAGUUGGAUUGAUGUUCGAUAUGAAUUGGAAGAUGGUGAUUGCAAGGUUCAAUUUGAUGAUUUUCAAUUGAAGUCGGGGUUUUUUUUAAGUGCGAUUAGGAGUUUAGGUUGGGGAUUUUGCACGACGGAUUCGAUCAUUCUCGGUUCUGCUCUCGUUCCCUUUGGGUUGAUUUAUCCGAAGAUUGCCAUUUCUUCCAAGUUUUUCAAUUGUAAUGAUUGUCGUAGGAAACUUAAAGCUCAGCUGAUUCUUGAGAUAUUAGAUGCAAGUACGAAGCCAUUGGAAUGCAAGUGCAGUGAUCUUGAAAUGGUCCGUUUGAAGAUGCUGGCUAGAAAUAAAUGUAAUGAUUUUCUGUUUGCUCCAGAAUUACAACCGCAAGGUUGUGAACAGAAGAACCUGUUUUUCGGACUUUUUGGUGAUGGGAUAGUAAAACUCCAUAUUAAGGCUGUACAAAGGCACAAAGAGUGUGCAAAGUUUGUUGGCCAUUUAUCUGAUCCGAUUCUUGUGCAUGAAUCUUUGGGGCACUCUAAGAGAAACCUGAAAGAAUGUUCUGGUGGAUUUUUUGCAGAUAGGGUUCUUGACAUGCUGGCAAUGGAAUUGGGCGAGUUUGUGCAGAGAAAAUCCAUACCCAUUUGGCAGAUUCUCUUGAGUUUUCUUUAUAGAGAAGACUGCUGGGCAGUAGUGUCUCUUUCAAAUGGAAAUGGUGAUUCUCAUCUGGGAGUUCUCAAGCCUUUCACAUUUUCUUCGGCUCUCCUGUCUAUUAUAGAAGAUGGAGUUUAUCCUCCAAACAUGGUACACGAUUUUGGUGGAGCAGAAGUGGCUCGAUUUAUUACCAAGAUGAACAGUGAGAUCCACAAAUCCUAUGUAGACAAAAGUAUAAAUUCUCAGGCUGGGCCCUCACCAUCUAAUAAGGUGACAACCCUUGGAGAUGGGAAAAAGAAAAAGAAGUUAUGCAUGCUUCAAGACCUCACGUGGAGUGCCUUCUGCAAGAAAGCAGUAGAACUACUUGAGCUAGACUUGGGAGAAGUUUACUUUGCGAGGGAAUGUAAUAACUCAAAGAAGUUGAAAUUUCUAAAAUGUUGGAUGAAGCAGAUUAAGAAACCUCGUUAUUGCAGUCUAACUUUACAACCAAAGUACAUGUCUCAACAGGAGAUUCAAAAGGAAAAGGAUGAUAGAUUGACUAAAUUGCACCAAGAAAUUGAACAGCCAGUCUCUUCAUCUGCCUCAGCUGGAGAAAACUUUUUGACCGAGGCUUCCAAGAUACAGGAUGAAGCCACUCUUGACUUUCGGUUAGAAACUUGUGAAGCCUUCUUCAGUAAUCUUUCCAGUAAGAUCCAACAAGGACUUGAGUCUGAAGGAGUAGACUGGGCUUUGGCUGAGCGGCUUGUGAACUCAUCCAUAUAUUGGUUAUAUCAAAAGCGUGGAAUGAGAUCUCCCUCUGAGAGUCAAAAUCUUGAGGUAAAAUCUGAUGAUGCUUGUGGUAGCAUAGUUCUUGAAGUGACAAAAGUGUUACUCAGGGAACCCAAGGAGUUGGCUGCAAAGCACAAAGAUAACAUUCCAUCCUUUCAGGCAUCUGAUCCAGGAUGUACUGUUUUUGCUUCAAAAGAUGUAGUUCGAGAAUAUGAAAUGCAGAUAUUAUUUCGGAUGGAGAUACUGCAAUCAGAGCUUGGAGGGAGUAUUGGGGACUCCAUGAAGCAAAAGUUUGUGAAACAAAUUUGCUUGCUUUUAGAGAGCAUUCAGUGCCAUCUGGAGGGAGGCUUUUUUGGUGAUUGGAGCCUUGACAAUUAUGUUGGAAAGAUUAUAAGAAACAGGUAUUGUCACACCCUGGGAGAUAUUGUUCAUAAAAUCUACACAAAAAUGGAUUUAUUGCUGUUUGCCAAUGAGGAUGAAUCCCACAAUACUUUACUCAACAGUGAGGACAGCAAUCAAUCCUGGAGGGAGAAAUCAGAGAGAGAUGAAUUUGGUGAAAAUAAAAGAAACAAUGAACUGGUGUCAGCAGAAGCCGAGUCCCUUCAACUGCCAGAGAACGACGAUGGAAGCCCUCAAGGGAUCGUUAAACAGACGGAGCAUGCUUGCAGAUUGAUGAAAGCUCAGGAGAGGAGGGAGAGGGCUCGGAGGUUUGCAUCUUUCACAAGUUGGAUGCCUGAUUUGCAGAAAGUUUGGGCCCCAAAGCAGCCGAAGUUGAUGAAACAGAAGUCAGAUCCUCUUCGAAAGCUGUCAAAAAGGAAGGAGCGCCGAAGGGUAAGCUAUGACAUGGUAUGCGAGACACCUAUGACAGGGAAUAAACGUUCAUGCCCACUAGGAAACAGCAUUGACGAUGAAGACUACCAGGAUUCUGGAAGUCAAUCUGGGGGUUCUGUUUCUAAGGCUUUGUUCCAGGAUGAUUCAUGAUGAGCCAUAUACUUCGAGCUGACCUGAUACGUGCGGUUCUGACAUAGGAACACUGGGAAACUAGCAUAGACUUGAUUAGAACUAGCUGCCAUGCAUUUGCGACAUGAGCAAGCAAACCUUAAGUGGUUGAGGUCAAUAUUUUCCUGCUGUUUUUUGUAAGCAUGUUUUUUUUCCCCCCUUUUGAGUUGCUAACAUAAAGCUGUAAUAUUUCAUUUGAUAUCUUCCAUGUAUUUUAAACACUGGAAUAUAAAAUUUCUCGAAAUAUGAAAAGUGAAAAUUAUUUUAGUAUUUUUCUUGCCGUUGAAAUGAAAGUUAAAAGUUGAAUAAAAUAUUGUUAUACUAUUAUUUUUUAA